UUCAGGUUUAGUUUUAAAAACAAUCAAUUACAACCAUUGGCGCUGUAUCAGUAUAUUAUAUACCCAAGCCAAAACUUGAAGUUUAAGAUAGAAAAUUGCAAUAAUUAAUGUGUCAUUGGUAAAUAGUUAAAAUCUUUAAUAAAUAUUUCAAAUUCGAUAACAGACUAGUUUUAAUAAAAAUAAAAUGACUAGCUUAGAAAAUGAUUUAAGAAUAAAAAAAAUAUGUAGAUUUUGCCUUAAUCAGGAUGAGAAAUUGUUGACGAACCUCUACUCACGGGAGAAUCGCUUAAAUAAUUCAGCUCCUCUACCUUUGCAAGUCAUGGCUUGUGUUUCUAUCGAGGUUUUUACAAACGAUGGCAUGCCUAGUACAGUUUGCGAUAUAUGCAGGAUGCUAAUGGAACAUUGUUAUCGUUUUAAGCAAAUGUGCAAAAAGGCAGAUACCGCUUUAAGACAGUACCCUUUAACUGGAAAGUGGCCACCAAAACUUGACCAUCCUAAAGUACCUGACGAACUAGUCAACUUUUUAUAUCCAGAAAUUGAUUUGGGAAAAUCGGAACAAAAAUUUUCAGAAUUCACAGUAGUAACUUCGCCUGAAAAACCUGAAAAACAGAAAAUGCAUAAUAAUGGCAAAUCGUCAAACGCUCCGAAACAAAAAUUGUUAAAUAAAAAUCCAGUUAAAAUACUAAAUAAGGAUGUUUCAGUGGCAAUGGAACCAGUUUUUAGAAAGCCUGUAAUUAAACAUUCAAGCGAUGGAACUGUAGAACUUAUUACAGAAAUUAUUGAUACUGGAGAUUUUCAAGAAAUCGAUCCAAUCAAAUCCGCAGAGCCUGUAAAAACAAAUGUUUUUCCAUGUUCACAUUGUGACAGAUCAUUUCCCCUACGUCAGCUUUUGGAUAUUCACAUGGUUAACCACAACCGGGAAAGGAAUUUUCAAUGUGAAGAUUGUGAUAAAAAGUUUUUUACGAAAUACGAUUUGGGAAAACAUUCACUAAUUCACUCAAAUGAAAAACCAUUUAAAUGUGUCGUUUGUGAAAAAUCAUUCACAAGAGCAACACUCUUGCUGAGACACGAAAAAGUUCAUACGGAUGUUCCGAAAUUUUUAUGCGUUCAUUGUGAAAAACCAUUUAUUUCAAAAGAAGUUUUAGCGAAACAUACGGAACGUCACAAUAAAAAACGACCAUUUCCUUGCAAAAUAUGUAAAGCAUCAUUUGCAUUUAAACAGGGUCUUGAAAGGCAUGAGAGUGUACAUGCUAAGGAACAACCAUUUCCUUGUCAAUAUUGCAAUUUAAGUUUCCCAACACCAAGCAAAUUGGCGCGUCAUCUCACAGCUCAUGCGGGUGCUAGACCAUAUCCUUGUAAAAUUUGCUCUAAAGCUUAUUUAUUGAGUCAUCAUCUCACCCGACAUUUAAGAUCUCACAGAGAAGGAGAUGUUAACUUUAAAUGUUAUGACUGUGGUAAAAGCUUCAACUCAAGAGAUAAUUUGAUUUACCAUUCAGCAGUACAUGCAACACAAAAUUUGUUAUGUCCAAUUUGUAAGGAACAGUUUGAGGACGUGGACUCUGUAACAGAUCACAUCAAAAUGCAUGCAGUAGGGGAACAAUAUGCUUGCGAGUAUUGUGACUUAAUUUUCAUGACACAAACCAAAUUAGAAGGCCAUUGCAAUAGUGAUCACGCUGAAGAAAUAGCGGUUUAUGCGGAGCUUGAAAAACCUAACAUUAAAAAUGAAAGUGCUCAAGAAGAAACUGGUGAAAUUAUUCAGGAAUUUGUAAUUGAAGAAUAUGACGUUAAUUUAUUGAAUGAAGAUCAAAUUAUCAAGGAAGAAAUUAUUUUAGAAAAUGAUAUUAUUUCGGAAAUCGCUCAAUUAAAUGAAAAAGGAAAAAAGAAAGCAAAAAAUAAUGAACAAAAAACUAAUAAAAAUGUUAAUAAACGGACCUAUUCGCCUGAUUUUAAUUUGGAUGACUUUACGGAAGAAGAAUCUGUGCUUUUUGAAGAAUUAAUUCAAGAGCAACCACCAAGCAAAAUUUUCUUAAAUGAAAGUGAAGAACAAGCAGGAAUUGAUACUAAGAAACCAAAAACACAAGAAAAACGAAAUCCUAAACCAAAAAUGAAGCAGACGACACUAACUGCUGUUAUUGAAAAUAAUCCAAAUACUACUGUGCAUAAAAAAGAAAAAGAUUCUGAACAACCUGUUGUUGAAUUUAUAAAAAGCGAAAACCCCGAUAAUAAUUCAACAAACAAAGUAAAAUCUCUUACAACACAAAGAUCGAAUAAAACUCUGAAUAAAUCAAAUGAAAAAAUAAAUAUUUCGGGAAAAUCAAAUUCAGAAUUACCAAAAAUGAUCAAAAUCGGUAAUAAACAUAUUCAAGUAAAACAAAUUAAUUUAACAAAAGCGCAAGAAAAAUCGAUUGCAGAACAAGGAAAAAUUAAUUUUAAUAAAGAUAGAAAAGUGGUUUCAAAACAAGAUACGAAUAAAAAGAAAGUUAUUAGAAAUCCAUAAAAUUCGUCUCCUUAAAAAAUAAAAAAAGAGAAUUAUUACUUGUAUGAAGAAAGCAAAUAAGGUAACGAAUAUUUAAAAUUAAUAUCACUUAGUAAAUAAGAAUAAUAUUAACAUAUAUACUUUAUGUAAAAUAAAUACAUAUGAAUUACAUUUUAAGUUGAA